AUGACACACUCCGAAAUGGGUGCAUCCCAAAGUGAAUUAUCGGACGCCAACUCAAAAGGCGAUUUGGUGUCUAGAAUCAAGUCCAAAGUUGAAAAUGCAGACAAGGAUAAGGCAAGGGAAGUCGGAGGGGUAUUCUUAUUCAAUAUUAUCAAAGGCACGUCAGUUUAUUCUUGGACAAUGGACCUAAACGAAGUGACUGUAUACGAGGGCGAGCCCACAAAGGAUCCCGACACAACAUUUACGUUGAACGAACAUUAUUUCAAACAACUAGUUCAGGGCAAGGAAGAUGCUAGGGUCAUUAUGCAGGCAGGAAGGUGCUCUGUGACCGGAGAUAUUAUGAGAGCUAUGAAGCUGGAGCCAUAUAUUAAAUUAAGUUAA